GUCGCGUGGUACGUACUGCGUGUCGUGACGGGUGCCAGUCGCGGGUGAAUAUAAGAGCCGAGAGAGAGUAAAAAGUAAAAAAAAAAAAAAAAGCACACCGAGGGUGUCGCACACUCUGCUCCGCGCUCUCCGCUCGGUUGUACACUUUCUAUCUUUCCGUAUAUACCGUUUCUUCGAUUCGCGUGCGACAGAGUUCCGAGGUACUCGCGCCUAUAUAUACCUUCCUCACGUUCGGCGACGAACCGCGCUUAUCGGCACCCCAGCGAGAUUUCAGGACGAACAGCGGCCCGGAACAUGAAAACACUUAUGGAGAAUCAGCUGUCCUGGCUCGCGCUGUUCAUGACCGCCUUGUAUUCUCUGCUUGCUAGCUGCCGAGGUGAAGAGUGCGGACACGAGGAACUGGUGAGGUGCGCCAGGCCCCUUGAGAGAAUCAGCAAUAGCGACUUGAGUUUCGUCACGAAAAAGGAGGAUAUCAACAAACUAUGCCCGGAUCUCGAGGCAGGCAUGAAAUGCAUCAAAAGGUACACGAUAAAUUGCAUGCAGCCGAAGCAACGGGAUCAUUUCAACUCUCUGUACACCGGUACCAACAUGGCUAUCAUGGAGCUUUGCCAAGAUGGCCCGUACCAGGACGAAUUCUUGAAGCACGCGCCGUGCAUGCAAAAAUCCAAAGCCGAGUACGAGCUGUGUUACAAAUCGUACCAAAAGACGACUCAAGAAAUAAUGGCCAACCGCUCAUUAGGACAACAGAAUCUCAAGUCCCUUUGCUGCGCCUUCCAGGAGUACUUGGAAUGCUCUCAUCAUACGGUGCGCCGUCAGUGUGGCGAUGAUACAGCGCGAUUCACGAAGGAGUUCCUCGAUAGAAUGUCAAGCUCGCUGCUGAAGGCGCACUGUGCGCCCUACACGGAAUGUACCGUGAACAGCGGUAUCUCAACGCUAAAUCUUUCUGCCAUUAUGCCAAUGACGCUUAUCCUUUUUAUGAGGUACUUCACGUAAUUGGUCUCGGCCAAGAUCAUUUUUUAUCUUCGAAAGAUAGAAAAUAGGGAAACGAGAGAGGGCGGGAUAUGUAGAGAAAGAGGAUCGAGGAAGAAGAAUGGUGCGAUGAGAAGGGCGCUCCAAGAAGACGAGAAACUGGAAGUAGCCCGUUCGGCUUUUAUCGUGCUUUGCUUCAGAGAGAAUAUAUUCCUUAUUUUCGAAGAGUUCUCGAUGAAAGGUCGAAGAAGAGGCCGAAGCGAUCAAAGAAGAAGAAAGGAGAGAGCAUCAGGGCAAAAGAGGAUAUCCACAAGGGCUUGUGAGAAGAAGAGGGAUAUAUAGAGGAGGAAAAAUACGGCGUUUCUUUCUCCGAAGAAAAUAUAUUUUUCAUUUGCAAGAUGAUGUGCGAGAGAUUGUAAUAAUCAUGAUUACGGAAGCGCAAGCAACAACAAGAGAUCAGUAUUAAAAGCCGAAGGAAUGUUGGGGAGGAGGAAAAAAUGCUUUAGAAAUACGUUAUGAAAGAGUUGAAGGAAGAGGGAGCGGAAUCGCAGAAGAGGAUUUUCAGGACGACUCUCUUCCACGCAUGUCAUUGAGAUAUCGAACGAUAAAGCCGAUCGUGACGCGAUGUAUCUGAAGAGUCUCUUCAGUCGAUCGUUCAAUGCGAUCCGUUAGUCCGUACGAUACCGUGACGCAAGACUGACUCGAUUUUUGCGCGGUUUUGUCGCGAGAGAUGAGAGAAUGAAAUAAAAAAAAGAAUACUCCUUAUUAACUGGCGAGAUCCUUCGCGGAUUGUCCUUUGGAAUGGCCGCGCGCGCGUGCUGUUCUAACGUGAGAGUGCGAGUUUGAUCCUCGAGAAUACGUGGCGUUCGGAUGAAGUCGGAGAAAAAGACGGCAAAGGUAAAACAUUUAUAGCGAGGAAGAAGGCAAACGUGUCUUUCCGGCACGUUUUCGCCUCGAUUUCGAAAAAGAGCACUCGUGCGGAACGAACGAACUAUCGUCGUCCAGAAAUCAAUUUCAUCGAAUAAUCGCGAUCUAUCGAUUCGCGAGAACAGCGUUAGAGGGAAGGAAGCCCAGCGAGAAGAGUCGUCUGAGUAGAGCAAAGAAUUUCUACUUGAGCAGAAAACAGUGGAUAAAAUCACGGUGCGUUCUUUCGCGCGCGGGCAUGUUUCGCUAGAAAAUGCAAUCGCUGUGUUGCCAAUCGAUUUGACGACGAGCACGUGUCGUUUCGCCAAAAGUUAGGGAAACAUUAAAAUUGACACGCGUUAUCGUGACUCAUCCAGAAAAAAAGAAGAACGGAAAUUUUCAAGGGAGGAUCGCGGUGUAACUAACUCGUCCUCGAGAUAACGGCGGCGAGUCGAUAGGUAACGAAGCUUCGAGCUAGGUAUGUCAAACUAAUUUUCCCUCCACGGAUUAUACGAACACUGUCGCAGUAUAUCUGGGGCCACGUACUUUCAAUAUUUGCGCGAAAUGAGCGAGAGAUCCGAAAGUUUGAAGAGCACUUUUUAAUCUCAUCGUCAUAAUGUGGCUUUUUUUAAAAAAAAAAUUUAAUUCUCUCUCAUCAGAAUGCAUAGAAUCACGAGGAAUUUUGUGCAAUUGAAAGACCGAGACAAUUAGGACAAGUAAAAAGAAUUACUCUUCGAUAAAAAAAAAAGUGUCGUUUAAUAUCGCAAAUAAUAUUCGUACGCGUAAACACAGUAUUUGCAAAAUGCUGUUGAUACAAAUGAAAUAAAUGGAACUCGAGAGGGGGUUUUGUAAGGCCACAUUGUGGGUGACUUGCGGUGCAUUUGACAUGUUUGUUCGGGGCAUGCCGGUUUGUACAAAUUCAACAUGUCAGACGAAAUCCUAGCUAGACCCGGAUAUGGAUGAGUCUAUUUUUCUGAGAUCUGAUGUAGUGUUGUACGUGUUACCUAUAUAUAUAAAGACACACGCGCAUGAUCGCGAUUGUACUCGCUGCACAAACGAUAUAGUAUUAGCACUUGCAUUGUCGUGUCUUAAUUAUUAAGUAGAUGGAAGGAAUGACUGUAAAAGAGACGGUGAGAAAGUAUGUCUGGCCAUAUUUUCACGUCAAAUCGAUUUUCGGUGUUUAUCGUGAAGACGUUACACCGUCAUUAUAAAAAAAAUUUGUACAUUGUAUUAUGUGUUUAGAUAAAUUUUAUUCAAAUAAAGUUUAUUUAUGUGUUGGAAAGAUUUCGAGGAGAGGCACACAUACUAUUUCUAACAUUUGAAUGUUUCGAAAGUUAUCGUAAUGGCCGGCAAAACAUUUAUAUACGUAUGCAAAAUAGGUUUUUCUUUUUUUACCAAAGAAUUUAAUUUACUUGACUAAAAAAGUCUUUUACGACAUGUUUGUUACAUUAUGGUCCAUGUCGUAAAUAAUUAAUUGUAACCAAUUGUUUGGUUUAUGAGUUAUUAUAAAAUCCAUACGAGAAAGUCACGGCAUUUAAUCAAACGUGUCCCAUUCAUGCAAUUAUCGAUAUUUCUCUAUUAUCCUGCGCGCCGUGCCAUUCGGAAUAUAAUGCAGAUUAAUAAUCUAGAAAUUAAAUUCCCUUCAACAGAGGGAGUUCGUUUAUCGAUAGCCUCACCCACAUAUAUGUGUAUAAUGUGUACUCGAUGUCGACAUCGUUUGUAAUUUAUCAUUUCCUAGAGAAUUCGCGCUUUUAACGGUAUAAUGUUAAAAUAAACUGCAAAUUUUCUAUGAGAGAGAGAAUACGUUUUUAUUUUUAAGUUUUUCAAGAGUCGUGGUAAGUCUCCCCGUUUUAUCGGGGGAUACCGCGUGUGGUAUGUAUGAACAGAUAUUUAUUUGUAAUAUAUAGUUAAGUAAGGAAGCAUUGUAAAUAUCAUCGAG